CUGCCAUGGCGUACUAGUGCUUCUGUAAAAUCUUUUCUAGUUCCCAAUACUGUCGUCACCAGGUGUCAUGAUAAAGAGGUCUGUUGCAUGAGACAAUCGCUGGAGUUCCGAAGUCACCUGAUGACCGCGCCUGGAUCACCUCAUAGUCUAAGCGACAUGUCAUCCUCCAUCUCCAAUAGCACCUUGUCAGUCCUGUCAUUUCAUUUUCUUCAAUUUGAGACAUAUACUCUGUUGCCUCUUUCUAAGCCUACCUGUGACAAAUGCGCUGGCCAACGGCGAGAACUUGUGCCACGAUCUUUUCACCUUGCCUUGCGGCAAUAUCACAAAACGGAGACAAAACGAAGCAGCAACCUACAUGAAGAAAUGGCGUAUUGCUCUCUAGCCUCUGAUACCGGCAAAUUUCUUGAAAAGUGCCUCUAUGUCGGCGACCCUUUCAACAAGAAACGGAGACGCGCAUUUAUAUAAAAGACCCCAAGGGUCUACGUCUCGCCGUCAUGAAAACCCAACACCACCCCACCGGACCAGCGCUGAACCACAAGCCACGAUGGCCGGAAAACGUCAGAAGAUUCUCGAGUUUUUCGAACGACACCACGGCCGACGCCUCAGGAAUCAGCUGCUGCGGGUGUUCAAGACGCUCAACAUCGGGCUGGCAGCGCUCCCGCCCGAGAUCGCCGUGCAGGUCAUCUUGUACGCGGACACAGACACGCUCCUCACGCUCCGACGCACCUGCAAAGCCUUCCGCGACCUGGUCCAGGAGGAGGUCGUUGCGCGCUGUCGGAAGACGGUCGUCCCUCCGCAGGUGACCUACGACGCGAUGAUCAUCGCCAACCAACAUGACAACCGGCGGAGCAGUCGGUAUCUGUGGCAUGAGAACCCGGUAAGCCAGCCCCUCGCUCGCCUGGUGGCCCAGGGCCGGUACGACGCGGUCCGGUUCUGUCUGGAAGACGCAGGGCUCGAUGCUAAUCUCUACGACCUCAGUGCCAGGCCGUUGCUGCACAUCGCCGCCUUCUACGCCCAGGUCCCCGUGGCCCGGCUGCUGCUGCAGCGCGGGGCCGACAUCUUCGCCACGGCGCGGGUCAACCGCAACACGGCGCUGGACUUCGCGGUGUGCCCUGAGCUCAGCCACGAUGAAUUCGGGCCGCCUCUGGGCUAUGGGAUCCGGAGCUUUGCGCUGGACGCGAUGGUGCGACUGCUUCUAUCCGAAGGGGCCCGCUACGCCACGAACGCCGGGCCCGGGGCCCUGCCCUACCUGUGUAGGAUGCCGGAUUACAUCAACCUGCUUCGCCAAGCGUACGACAACGGCACGUAUCUUAGCGAUGAGGCGAUCGCGCGUCAGCUGCUCCUAUGCGAUCUGAUGCCUGGGCUGGUCCCGCCCGUUGUCGCCGCCUUGCCGGAGGCGCUGGGCCCGGUAAUCGUGACGGCAUCGGGCAGGUCGGCGAUCGAAGCGGCCUUGAGCUUGGGGCAUAUGGAGCUCGCCCUGGCGCUGAUCAACUGCGGGUUCCCCUUGAAUCUGGGGCUCAACGAAGACCAGUACCAGUACCCAGAGCUCUCGUACCCGUUGGACAACCUGCAACGCAACAAUUUCCUCACGCAUGUCUGGGACCGACAGGUUGUCAUGGCUCUGCUGGCGCGGCCACAGCUCCAAGCGGCCGGGUUCGGACAGUGGAUCAUCCAGACCGGCCGCUUGGAGCAUCUGAUCCUUGAUGAGCCUCUGAACUACCAGAUCCGCACACGCAACUGGCCCAUGGUCAACCAGAUGUUGCGGAUGGGCUGGGGUAAUCCCGCGGGCUAUGCCGAGGAGCUGUCAUGAGUGUGGGACUGGACUUAUUCAGACUGCGCGACAUUGUGAUUACCUGUAGCUCUUGCUUGUAAUGAUUGGUUAAUUUUAAAUCUAGAUUUCAACUUAGCUUCUCGAAGAAUAUUGCCUGAAUCUCUCUUCAGCUUCAUCUGUAGAGAUAAAACCCGAUCUUGUCUCUCACAGUAUUGUCUUCAACGAUGACUAGUUAUCAUGUGAAGUACUGUACUUCUCCGACUAGGCGUCUUCCCUGACGCAAGGCCAGGAACCAGAGCACCAACUAUUUUCAGCAUUUCAUUUGUGAAUAGAGACAAG